AUGGAAAAAACCUUCAAUGAUGAGGCUGCUAUGCCCUGGGGCAGGACAUGGAGAAGUGGGAAAGAGCCACAGCAGGAGCCCAAACCGGGAGACCUGAUUGAGAUUUUCCGCCUUGGCUAUGAGCACUGGGCCCUGUAUAUAGGAGAUGACUACGUGAUCCAUCUGGCUCCUCCAGAUGGGUACCCCGCGGCUAGCUCCUCCAGUGCCUUCUCAGUCGUGGGCGGCAUUGCAGUGGUGAAACAGGAGCUCCUGAAAGAUGUGCUGGAAGGCUGUAACUAUCGGGUCAACAACAGCUUGGACCGUAGGUUCGAACCACUGCCCGUGGGGGUGAUCAUCAGUUCUGCCAAGGAGUUGGUUGGUCAGAAGAUGAAGUACAGUAUUGUGAGCAGGAACUGUGAGCACUUUGUCACCAAGCUGAGAUAUGGCAGGUCCCACUGUCAACAGGUGGAAAAUGCCGCGGCUGAUGUCGGUGCGUUCGCGAUAAUUGGAGCGGCUGUUGCUGGAUGCUCUUUUGCGAUUAUGAAAUACCAAAAGUGACAGCCUGAAGCAGCCACAAAAUCCUGUAUUAGAAGCAGAUGUGGGGGUCCCAGUGGAGAUGUGGGGGUCCCAGGCCUCCCCCACACCUCCAGCAGCCUGACCCUCGUGCUCUGUCUCAGGCUCUCUCUAGAUCCUUUCGUUUCCUUCUCUCGCUGGUGAAAGUAUGAUCUAAUUGAAAUAAGAUUGAAGGAUCAAUAAACAGCCAUCUGCCCCUUCA